CAGAGGGGCUACUGUGGGUGUAGGGGCUGGAGGAGGAAUGGUCACAACUGGGCUGAAAGCAUUUCAGGGUGCACAUUCUGGGAUCGUUCUUGCUGACUGCAGUUACUGUAGCCACCCCAGGGCUGCAGACCACCCAGCAGGCUGCUCCCCCUCUAGGUCCGACCUGCGCCAGAUGUUGGCAACCAAGAGCGUGGAGAACAUCCAGUUCCUGCCUUUCCUCACCACCGAUGUCAACAACCUGAGCUGGCUGGGCUACGGCUGCCUGAAGCAGGACUGGACCCUCAUCACUGUCAACACCAUCGGGGCGGCCCUGCAGACCCUCUUUGUCCUGGUCUACCUCUACUACAGUCCUGACAAGCGCCCCGUGCUGCUGCGGAGCCUGAUGCUCCUGGCCGUGCUGGUUGCUGGUUAUGGCUACUUCACCCUCCUGAUCCCUGACAUGGGGACACGUCUGGGGCACCUGGGGCUCUUCUGCAGUGUCUUCACCAUCAGCAUGUACCUCUCUCCGCUGGCUGACUUGGCCAAGAUCGUGCGGAGCAAGUCGACACGCUGCCUGUCCUUCCCCCUGACCGUCACCACCUUCCUGGCCUCCACCAGCUGGACACUCUAUGGCCUGCAGCUCCACGACCCCUACAUCACGGUCCCCAACGUGCCAGGGAUCAUCACCAGUGUCCUGCGGUUCUGGCUCUUCUGGCAGUACCCAGCAGGGCCAGACAGGCCCCACCGACCCCUCCAUGCCUGAGGGGACCUCCCAAGGAAGAAGCUCAUAUGUUCAUGGACUGAUGAAGGAGCCCCCCACACCCCCCCCGUGCCAGUCUGCUCCAGUGUGAACUGGUCCCAGUUGCCACUGUCUCCAUCGGCCCAGGGCCACCUACUCCUGGCAGGUUUGGGGCUCCAGGAGGGCACCUCCUGCCUCUGCCACCACAUCCCUCCAGCCCUUAGGCCUUUGGUGAUGGUGGGUUUGGGCUCAGCAAUACCCUGGGGUGCCAGGAGCCCCCCACCCCACUCCCCAGGCACCCCUGGAUGGUCUUCCACACCCACAGCUCUGCUCCAGUGCUGGGCUGGGGCUGCUGGGCAGCCCUGCAGCUCUUUUUCUACCAUUUUAAGUGCCUUUUAAUAAAUUAGAGCGUUUCCAGUG